UUAUUCUCAAUACAACAAUGUUUUCCUUGGUAUAUGUUUUUAUUGGUGAUGCUAAUAAAAAUUGAUGUUAAUAAACAUCAGAUUAGUGAGGUUCAAUUUUUUAUUUAUAUAUAUAAUUACAUAUAUAACUUGGAGAACGAUUUCCAAAUUGAUAGUUUUUGUCUAUUGAUUGAUAAGACUAGAAUGUAUAAAGUCAAUAACGGUAUACUGCAAAUUGUAUGAAUAAAAAUGAAUACGAAACUCUAUAUGGUGUUGUUGUUAUCUGUUUUACUGGGUAUAACCCUUUUUUGUCCCUGCUGCUACUCGUUUCUGUUAUUUGGACUAUUCCUAGUAAUUAGUAUACUUCUUGGAAUAUUAACAGCAUUUUGGUUAAAUGUAACAUUAUCACUACCUCAUAAAACUACUGUAGGGGCAGAACACUAUUUAAAGCAAGCCGAACAUUUUAGAAAUACCAUUCUUAAAGAUUAUGAGUCGUCUAUAGCUUCCAAGAGUAUUUCUCCACAAUUACCUCAAAUAUUUGGUAAAACAGUUGAUAGUUUACUCCAGCAGCUUUUAGAUUUUGUUUUGAGAGACUAUAUUUUGAUUUACAUUAAAGAUUAUGCUUAUGAAACAGAUGCUUUGGAAAAUAAUAUCAAAGAUGAUUUAUGGGGAGCUAUCAAUAAUUUACAUGAAAAACUGGCGUCAGUGGAUGAAACCAAAUUGAUUGCAAGUGAUAUUGUAAUGAAAAUUACAGUGCAUUUUGAAAAAAUAAGGGAAGCUAAGGUUCUUGUAGAAGAUUCUGAUCAUCCACCAGUGUUCCAAUUGUCACCACAUGUAAUGUCAUCUGAGAAAGAAAUAGAAUAUUUACGCACAGUUAGUGAAUUACUAAUUAUGUUUCUUUUGCCAAGAGCUUAUUCUCUUUCUCCUACAAAGUAUCUUUUGCGAGAAAUAUUAUGUUGCAAAGUGUUUAAACCAUUAAUUGAUACAAUAACAGAUCCUGAUUUCUUCAACAGAAAUAUUAUAAGUUAUAUUGAAACUACACAAAUGCAAGUAAAUCUACCCAAGAAAGUUUUGGAAAAUGCAAAUGACUUUGAAGAUUUAAUUGAUAAAAUUGACGACGUGCAAGUUUUGAGAUCCAUUCGAUAUAAUAUUGUAACCAAAUUGAUGCAAGCUACAACUUUACAAAACUUGAAUAGAGCUAAAGGGGUAGAUCUUGAUAAUGAUAAAAAUAUAUUGUCAUCAGCUGGUAUACAUAAAUCUGAUAUAAAUGCUGCUAAAAAGCUGAAAAAACACAUUAAUCAACUAACCUCAGCGAAAAAACAGUGCGAGAAAAAAUUAAUAACUCUAGGAUGGGAUUCUGGGUAUCAGUAUGGAGAAGAGAUGAAGAAGGUUCUUUCUCUUCAAAUGAUUUUGGAUCAUGUUCUUGGAAGAAAAUAUUUGUCUCAGUUUCUACAAACUGCCGCCAGUCAUGAUUUAAUAAGAUUUUGGUCAGCAGUAGAAGAACUUAGAUCAUCUCAGAAGACGAACUGGCAUCAAAUUGGUGCUGAAAUAUUUUAUACUUUCAUAAGGAAUCCAACUUCUGAAAUCAAAGUCGACAAGAAUACUAAAAAACGCAUGGAAGCUUUUUUGUUGGGUGACAAGGGUCCAGAGGUAUUUUAUGAAGUUCAACAUCAAGUAGUUCAAAUAAUAGAAGACAAAUAUUAUCAACCGUUUUUAAUUAGUGAUUAUUAUAAAGAAAUGGUGAUUGCUAUUGAUAACGAAGAGAAUAUAUCAGAUGAGAGCGGUGUAGUUGAAGAACGCCAAACAUCAACAGACUCCACUGAUAAUGUGGAAAAUAGUUUGAACGUUGGGGACCAUUCUAAUUAUGCUAGAAGGAAAUUGGACCAAUUGGAAGAGAAACUGAAUAACAAAACUCAGGCUUUGGCUGCGUUGAGAACAUCAAUGAGACCAGAAUCAAAAGUGUUGAAUAAAUUGGAGAAAGAAGUGGAAUGGUUGGAAGGCGAAAAAAGACAGUUGGAGGCACAUAUUACAAGAACAGAAAUUUGGGCUGACAAUUUAGGCAGGUGGAGAGCUUUUGUACAAUCUGCAGAGGUGUCUGAUGAAAAAGAACCUCCUCAGUUCGUAUUAGUAGUACAAAUGUCUGAGGAUGAAUCGCCUGACGGCGAAGAAACCAUUUGCACUGGUUGGGUGGUUUGUAGAAACUUGACGCAGUUUCAGGAGUUACAUAAAAAAUUACGUCCUUUAUGUUCAGAUGUACGUAACUUGGAUUUACCCACUAACACUUUUAAAUUUCUAUUUGGAAAAAGUGACAAAUUAACGUUGGAAAAAGCCAAACAACAAAUACAGAAAUAUCUAGAUUUUGUGUUAAAAGAUGAUAGGCUAAAUCAAAGCGAGGCCAUUUAUGCAUUUUUAAGUCCAAGUUCAGAAAAUUUAAAACAGUCCACUCCGAAUCGUAAAAAAUCCAGAUUUUCAUUUUCUACAUUAUUUAAAAGCGGAAGUGAACAAAGUGGUAAAGAAUCUUAUUCAGUGCUCAAAGAAAGUGAAGAAGAUGACAUAUCCCAAUGCUUGGACUCUUCUAUAGAUUUCGUUGAUUUCACUAAAAGUAAUGGUGGCGCUCUAAAAAUAUCCGACGACACAAUAGCAGAACCCUUAUAUGCUCUAUUUAGUGAAAUCUUUGAUAUGCGAGGAGUUUUUAAAUAUGUUAGAAAAACUUUAAUUGGUUUCGUUCAAGUUACAUAUGGUCGUAAUAUCAAUAGACAGAUCUAUGACACUAUUUCUUGGUGGUUUUCUGAAGAAAUGCUUCACUACUAUUUAACAGUAAUACUGAAAAAUUUCUGGCCAGGUGGAACAUUGGCUGAAAUGGCGCCAAUGAGAUCCAAAGAAGAAAAAUUGCAAACAGCUUUGAAAGCACAAGAAAUGUUCGUUAACAAUGUUCCUGAACUUCUUACUACUUUAGUAGGUAGUAAUGCAGGACGACUGGGAGCUAAAAAGGUCUUUGAUGCUUUUCAGGAAAAGAAUAUGAACAAACACUUGGUUUAUGAAAUUAUUGAGGCUGCUUUAGAUGCUACAUUCCCGGAGUUAUGCUAAUUAUAAUAUUUAUAAUUUAUUAUAUAACUUUCAUAUCGCUAAUAUGUCUAGUCACAUUUUUUCCUGUAUUGUGAUAUUAAAUUAGUAUACAAUAUUUAUAUCAAGUAUUUGUUAUUUUACUAUUCAUUAUAUUUUGUUUUAAUUAGUUUAUAUUUUCGAUGGGUUUUCGUUUUCUGAUAUAAAUAUUCCAUACAUUUAAGUGUGAGUACAUUCUGGAAAACAAAAAAAUUAAUUUAGUGGUGGAUUUCUAUUAUCAUUAUUGUUAAGGUAGAAAGUGAAGAUUAAAGAGUUUGAAAUAUGUGCUCCUGAAAAAUCACAGAAAAGGCAAAUUUGUUGCGGGAAAAAUCCAAAGAAAACUAUCUAAAAAAUAUAACACUUUUAUCAAAUGGUGGAACCAGAAUAAUGUUCACAGCUUUACAGAACGCAUGUUAUUAGCUCAUUUUGAAGAAAGGUCUAAAAAUUACAGUCUCCACACUAUGGUCCAGCUAAUUUAAACUAAAUCAACCUUAAUUGUAAAUGAUAAUGUAGAUGUAAGUUAAUAUGCCUAAUUAAUAGCAUUCUUGGAACGAAAAUCUAAUACAUUCUCAAGAGAGGAAAUAAACAAAAUUUUAUUGAAUGCUCCAGAAGUUUCAGAUGUUUAAUAAGCUUUUUGUUACUUCAUUUAUUAAUUCGCAGUUUACAUUAAUACUGGGAAUAGCUGGAGGUUGCCGAAGAAAAGAGUUGUAUAAAAUGUAAAAAAGUAAACUACAAGAUAUUUUUCACGAUAGUAAUAAUUAAAGGCAAUUUUUCCUUGUUUUAGUUUGUGCAUUAAUUUUCCUUUUCUUUUUUUUGUAUUAACUCUAUGAUUCUUUUAUUAGUUUCCCGAACUGUUCCAAGAAUAAAUUUUUUUACCAUAUACUUCGUUUUUCAGAACCAAAUAAACGCUAGAACGGCAAGCAGUUGACAGAAUAAAACGAGAAAGAUUGGAAAUGUAACUAAUCCAAGAAUGAAUAAGUGAAAAGUAGUAAAAACAGGACGAGGUCAUUCUAAACCGAAAUAUAAAUAUUAAUUUCAUUAAUUAUGAUUUUGUAGUGUUCUAUACAAGUUAUGUAUGUGUUGGUGCUCUUUAUAUAACUUAUAUAAUAUAUAAUUACUAAAAGUUAUUCAGAAGCAAUUUAUUUCUAUGAUGUACAUGUCUGCUUCUGCUAUAACUGAAUUGUACUAAUUCUAUAAACAUAACUAAGUCGCUCUCACCGAAAUCCUACAGAUUCCGCUUAAUUAAGUUACCCCUUUUAAUAUGACAAGCAAAACUCUACUUUUGUUUAGCGGGAAGUGUAGACUUCCUUUUCUUAUUCUAUUUUCGUUAUUCUCUUCUUACGACAUGGCAAAUUUCGUAUAUUAUACUUGGAUUAAUACAUUGGGAUUUACUGGAUUUCAUACCAGAUGUGGCUUAGGUCUGUUAGAACAACAAGGAAUACUUUAGUGUAUUAAAAGUAAGGUAAGUGGAUAAUCGAAAAUAAAAACAUGUUCUUUUGAAAAUUAGUAUUUUUUUAUAUCCUCUUUAAACCUAUUGGUCGCUUUUAGUGGACGAAACCGUUGUACAACUGUUGUGGAACCCUAGCGGAAUCGUUCAUUGACGCUUAC